AUGUCAUUCAGCGGAAAACCAACAAAUCAUGAUAUCUGUGAACAGGAGCAGCUUUGCAUAAAUAUUUCGGAUAAGGAUGAUAAGGAUAAAGAUGACCAGUUAACUCCGAGGCAUCGAACACAUGCGGAUACAGCAAAAAUAGAAAAUGGAAACAGAAUCACGGUGACACCUGACACCCUAAGCAUAGGCUCAAGAAUUAUGCAGAUACUUAAUUCAGUCCAUAAGAAACCGGCAACUCCUGAUUACACCAGAAUAUCACAUCAUCGUACAUGCCAGCAAACCUCCUGUCGUUUACUACGUUUCCCAAAUAACGAACCUCCGAAAGGCCCUUUUUUUAUAAGUUUUAAAAAAAAGCCAGUAGUGAUCGAAACAAAUUACUAUAAUGAAAGUUUUCGCUCGAGUUUUUUUGAUCAGACAUUCUUGAACCCACGAUGUAUCGGAAAGGGUUCAUUUGGUGAGGUUUUCAAAGCAUUAAGUAAAGAUGAUAAGCGUUGGUAUGCAGUUAAAAUUACCGUGGAACCAUUUCGAAGCCCAGCAGAUCGUGAAAUUAAGUUGAGGGAAGUUCAAAAACAUGAAUUGCUUCCAAAACAUCCAAAUCUUGUUUCAUUUGUGCGAGCAUGGGAAGAAUAUGGUUUCCUAUAUAUACAAACAGAGCUAUGUCAAUGCAGUCUGUUGGAUUACAAGAUGAAAGUAGGAACUAUUCCCGAGAGAGACUUAUGGUUUUUUUUCGGAGACAUUGCAUUGGCAGUGUGCUAUUUACAUAGGCAUGAACUUCUUCAUGUGGAUAUCAAACCGCAGAAUAUUAUGGUUUCUUUUGAGGGAGUUUGUAAACUUGGCGAUUUCUCUUUAAUUGUUGAUCUAGAGAAGCAUUCGAGGGAAGAAGAAGGAGAUGGAAAAUAUUUGGCACCUGAAGUAUUACAGAAAGGAGCUCAUAAGCCAAGUGACAUAUUUUCGCUUGGAAUGACAAUGAUUGAUAUUUGCACUGAUCUUGAAUUACCUAAUUCAGGAGAUCUUUGGCAGGGAUUUCGAUACAAAAACAUUUAUCAUGAAUUUAUCGAAGAUGUUCCACCCGCUUUGCUGGAUAUUAUUUUGCUUCUUCUAGAAACAGAUCCUAACAAAAGACCUACCGCUGAGGAAAUUUGUAACAUUCCAAUGAUAGCAAAAUCCAUUCGUGAACGCCAGUAUAAAUAUGUUAAGCGCAACAUGUGGUGGAUGCUAUUAGCAAUUGCUUAUUCAACGCUUCUCGCAUCUUCAUGGAUUGUACAACCGACACGUACUACUAUGAUGCAUGCAGCAACUUAUCUAAAAAGAAUGUAUUCAUAUCGUUGUCAAUGUUCUGCAUUUCAUCAUAUCUUUCGACCUACAUGUGGUGAGUCUCCGAUGUUCAAAUAUGGAAUUAUUCCUCGGGUCAAUGACUCUUCACGGUUGCAAUUGAAAUUUGAGGAAGACGACGAUGAUUAUAAAUAUGAUGAGGCCGAAACUGACAGUGGUGACAAAAUGGAGACUAGUCAAAGUGAAGAUGAGCUGGUUAAUAUAAUGGAAACAUCUGUAAGCGAAGAACUACAUGAUGAAUUUGAGGGAGUUUCAAGGAUGGAUAUUGAUAUCCCCUCUCCAAGUAGUAUGGAAAGUGUUCGUGAAUUUAUACAAAAUGAUUAUGGUGAAGAUACAAAUAGUUUAACUAACUUGUUUCAUAACAAAGCUAGUUUCUGUCAGUUUGGAGCAGCAGGUGAUAUUCUUAAAAAAUACGACUGCAACACUUUAAAUGGGGAAGAAAUUUCAGUCGAAAAGAUCUCUAACAAAGAGAAUAACUUUACACCAGAAAAUUUUGAAUUACAACGGAAUAUCUCUGCUUGUGACACUUUGGAGUACGAAGAUCAUGAACUGCCUAGUACAUCAGAAAGUAUGUCUGGUUUUUUAGACAGACCAAGGUCUCCAGAACUUCCACUGUCUGACGAAGCAUCUCCCUUGCGUGACGGUUACAUAACACCACCAAGUAGUACUUCACCUUCACCCUUCGUUUGUAAAACACCUGCACGAGGACGGUUUGAUGAUUCAGACGAACAGAGAUUGCGUCACUACUAUUGGUGGCGUGAGUCGUUCAGAUCACCCACCAGGAGAACUUAUCAGGAAGCAGUGGAAACUGCAGGCUCAAAAAAUAAUGCAUCGCUAGAAGCGCCAAAUGAAAAUCAGCCGUUAGAAUUAGAAGCAGGAUUAGUCCAAUCCGUUGGUGAUGCAACUCGUCGAAGAGCUUAUUUUCACAUAUGUGAACCAUCACCACCGGCAAAACGAACUCAGAUUACUAAUGAAGAUGAUACUGGUGCUAAUAAGAAUCACACAGAUGAUUCAAAGUCAAGACAUCAAGCACAUGUGUAA